CGCUCUUGGGUAAAGCGUGUGUCAAGCGUGAGCUAAGCAGAGUUGCAGUUCAUCCAAACGCAGAUAGACCUUAAGGCACAAAAGGAUGGCUGAAGAAAAGGAAAUGUCUCCCCUGGAAAAGAAGGUGGCUGAACAGAUAGAGUAUUAUUUCGGAGACCACAAUCUCCCUCGAGACAAGUUUCUAAAGGAGCAGAUACAGCUGGAUGAUGGCUGGGUUACACUGGAGACGAUGCUCAAGUUUAACAGGCUAAAAAGUUUGACCUCGGAUGCCGCGGUUAUUGUCGAGUCUCUGCGGAAAUCGAAAACGGGACUGUUGGAGAUCAGCGAGGAUCAAACCAAGAUCAGACGGAGCCCGAGCAAACCUCUGCCCGAAUACAACGACGAGUAUAAAGACGCCCUCAAACACAAAUCUAUAUACAUGAAAGGCUUCCCUUUGGACACGACGCUGGAUGACAUUAAAGACUGGCUCGCUGAUAAAGGACACGUGGAGAACAUUCACAUGAGGAAAGGUGCACAGAAAACCUUCAAAGGCUCCAUCUUUGCCGUCUUGGAGUCCGAGGAGGCAGCCAAGGCCUUCGUUGCAAGAGACGAUGUAAAACAGUUCAAAGGAAACGACAUGAUCGUUCUCAUCAAAGACGACUACUUUACUAAGAAAGCAGAGGAGAGGAGGCAGGGUCGCCAAGACGCCAAGGCCAAAGCCAAGAGUGAAAAAGAAGAGCAGCAGAAACAGGCUGAGAAGGAGGAGAUGAAAUCUCUGGAUGAGCAGAGAGGCUGUGUGCUGAAGUUCUCGGGUGAACUGGAUCACGUUUCUCGAGAGGAUUUCCACAAGAUCUUCACUGAACACGCGCAGAUCAAAUGGAUCGACUUCACCAGAGGAGCUAAAGAGGGCACCAUCCUGUUUCGCUCGGACGCUAAGGAGGCCCUGCAGAAGGCUCAGGAAGCAGCCGGAGUCUCCGAGCUGAAGAUUAAAGAUAAAGACGUUCAGUGGGAGGUGCUGGAGGGAGACGUCGAGCUGGAGACUCUAAAGAAGAUCAUCGAGAGCCAGCAGGAAUCGCUGAACAAGCGCAAAGGAGGACGAGGAGGUCACAGGGGUCGCGGCCGAGGGCGGGGCGGCCGUAGGGACCGAGGAGGACGAGAGCAGACACAGUUCCAGGGCAGGAAGACUAAAUUCGACAGUGAUGACGAAGGCGGUGAUGGUGAGGACGCAGAACCCGCAGCGCCGAAGAAGCGAGCCCUCGAGUCAAACGGCACAGAAGCUGAUGUCGACGCUCCAGCCUCCAAGCAGGCGAAAGAGGAGAACGGCUCUUAAACGCAGCGCUGCGAUGCCGCUUCCUUCGUGCGUACUGUAAAUAUUCCCCACGGCUACAAUCAGAUAUCUCAGAAAAAUGUCCAGCGUGCCUGCUCACCUGCGGCUUUCCCGUCUUUAUGCAGAACUCGUACUGGGCUGAGCUCUCGACUGAACGUUAUUAUUUUGUGUUUAAUAUUUCUGACGGCGCAAUACGUAUCGAAUUUUUUUUCGUUUAAAGGCAAACGUCCUGAUUUUGCUGAACCGACUGUCCCUUGAAUUUAAAUCAGCCAAUCGCAAACGUGAUCAUUCGACAUUAAAGCUAUACAAAAUAAAAUGAUGAAAUUUCAACUAGUUAGCUAGUUUACAUCAAUCCACUCGAUCAGCGCUACAUCAAUAAAGGCUGUGAAGGGGGUUUGUGUUAUUUCCCCCAAGAUCCAGUCUUUAAUUCGUGCCUGGUUGAAUGUGACGGUAGUGGACAGCGAGGUGUUUAUGGAGAAGCACUGGGUUGAGGGUCGGAGCACAGACCUGGUGAACCAGCUGUGCACAAACACAUAGAGCUGUGACUUCCUGUAGGUGUGUCAACGUAGUACAUCUGCAGAUGAUAACAGUGGUCAAAUUUGCUCUUUUGAGUAUGUUUGUUUUUUUUUUUUUUUUUUUUAAUUUUUUUUUUACAUUUCUAAUUAAGACAAUACGGUUGAUUGUGAUCAGGUUUGUGAUUGGUUGAUGAAAUGUAUUAAGCCCCGCCCUCAGCGAAAUCAGGACGCAUUGGGUUUCAUUUUCAUCCGGUGAUUACUGCGUGACUUCGUCACGGCUCAUGAUACGACAUUAUUGUGUUUAGAAAACGGCCACUGUUUACUGUACCUGAUCCCACAAGCCUUCCCGCUUGUCCCUAAUGCGGAAGACUGUACGCAGAUUACUGAGCGGAACGCAGUGUCCCAAUCAAUGCAUCGAUGUGUCUCACAUUUCUCAAGAAGGAAAGCACGUUCAACGUGAUGGAUUCUCUGCUGCCUGACCUCAGGACGAGGUUAGCAUCCGUUAUUCUCCAGAUGGGUCGACGUUCCCGUCUCGGACGUGACCCGAAAUAGCCUUUUAGAAACGAAAAGUCAGAUCUCCUGACUUUACCUUGGAUUUCAGUCUCGAUUUUGCAUGUCAGCUGGAUUAUAUUUUCUCAUUAUGCUCACAGAAGGUAGAAACUGUACAUUAUGUGCUGUUAAGGUUUUUAUUUUCCUUUUGUUAAGCAGACCGGAAUGAAAUCAAUUAUUAUUAUUAUUAUUAUUAUUAUUAUUAGUGUUAUUUUUUUUGUUCUGACUGAGACGUCUGACUCCCAAGUGCCAUUUUUAAUUACUAGUUUUUCUUUAUGCUGACCAUGAGGAUUUCAACACGAGGCACUCUUGACAUUCUUUACUACUUUAUUUUUCAUGUGUAUGCAUUUAGCUCAUUUCAUAUUUGGAAUUUGAAUAAAAAUAAGAAAAACAAAAAA